AUGAAACUUGCUCCAUUUUACAUUCUUCUGCUCCUGUCUGUGCUUUCUCAAUGUUGCUGCCAACAACAAUACCUCAACUACACUAUAGAUGACUGUUCUUACAACGACACCUCAAGAGUAGGAUAUGUCUGUGGCCUCCAACCAUGCACCUCCUUCGUAGCUUUCAGAUCCCAACCUCCCUAUAACACUCCUCUAAGCAUUGCCAAUCUUCUUGGCUCCCAAGCAUCUUCUAUAGCCUCCAUCAACAACAUCUCAAGCAUUAACAACAUUUCUUCCAAUCAAAACGUGAUUGUACCAAUCUAUUGUUCAUGUUCCGGCAAUAUCUACCAGCAUGCCGCUUCUUUCACCAUUAGGAAAGGCGACACGAUUUAUGAAGUGGUCAGCUCUGUUUAUCAAGGCCUAGCCAAUUGCCAGAUGACAGUACGUCAAAAUUAUUACGCCCCCACCAAUCUCUCCAUCGGAGACCAGAUUACAGUCCCAGUAUUAUGUGCUUGUCCCACUGAUAACCAGACCUCAGACGGGGUCUCAUUCCUACUAGUUGAUACCCUCAAGGAUGGGGAAUCGCCUGAGUCAGUUGCACAGGCCUUUGGUGUGGAUGAACACAGUAUGUUAACUGCUAAUGAGUUGCCUUCAAACGCCACUAUCACUGCCUUGAGCCCAAUUAUAGUUCCCCUCAAUUCCUCCGCUUGCAAACUCAAUCCACAUGCAUUCUACUGCACCUGUUCUUUCUCAGGAAUACCUUCCAAUUCCAGUUUCAUCACUCUCUAUUGUGCUCAUCUUCAAAAUGAUGCUGAUCGUUUCCCCAUCAGAUUGGUUGCUUCCUUAGGAGUUGGUACUGGUGCUGGUUUUUUAUGCUUAUUUCUUUUGGGUUACAAGUUAUACCGAUGCCUAAAACUAAAGCAAGAAAGAGUUCGUAAGGAAAAAUUGUUCAGGAAAAACGGUGGCCACUUGCUACAAGAAAAGAUGUCAAGUAUUGAAAAUAGAGAGAAAGCAACUUUUACCGCAGAAGAGCUCGAACGAGCAACAGAUAACUACAAUCGAAGUAGGUUUCUUGGUCAAGGUGGGUUUGGAACUGUUUAUAAAGGAAUGUUACCAGAUGGCAGCAUUGUCGCAGUUAAGAAGUCGAAAGAAAUGGUGAGAAACCAGAUUGAGACUUUCACUAACGAAGUAGCGAUUCUAUCCCAAAUAAAUCACAGGAACAUUGUCAAACUCUUCGGUUGGUGCCUAGAGACUGAAGCCCCAUUAUUAGUAUAUGAAUAUAUUCCCAAUGGUACCCUUUCUCACCACAUCCAUAACCAGGAACUUGAAUCACAUCUUUCAUGGGAUGCCCGCCUUAGAAUUGCUAGUGAGGUUGCUGGGGCCGUGGCCUAUAUGCAUUCCUCAGCUUCCAUUCCCAUCUUCCAUAGAGACAUCAAAACUUCCAACAUACUCCUAGAUCAUAAGUACAGUGCCAAAGUAUCUGAUUUUGGGACUUCCAGAUCAGUCCCAAACGAUAGGACUCACUUAACCACAGUGGUACAAGGCACUUUUGGGUAUGAUCCCGAAUACUUCCAAUCCAGUCAAUUCACAGAUAAAAGUGAUGUAUAUAGCUUUGGGGUUGUGCUUGUGGAGCUCAUUUGUGGAAGGAAACCCAUUACCUUCUCAGAAGAAGACCAAGGUCAAAACCUUGUUGCAGAAUUCAUUUCUUUGAUGAAGAAGGGCCAGGUUUUUGAGAUUGUAGAUGCUAGAGUUGUACAUGAAGGAAGGAAAGAUGAUAUUCUUAGCAUUGCAAAUCUUGCAAAGAGAUGCUUGAGACUGAAUGGGAAGAAGAGACCCACAAUGAGAGAGGUUUCAGCAGAGCUAGAAGCAUUGAGAAAGACACAGAAUACCUUAAAGAUUACUGAAUGUUCUCUUGAGUUUCCACAUGAUAGAAAUUCGACUAAGCAAGCCACUCCUGAAUCAGACCAAGAAUCCAUAGAAGAAAGCACACCAUUGGUUUUCCAAAUAGACUCUAUAUCCAUCUAAAAGUGAAGUAGAUACCCACUACAUUGUUUCUUCCUUUUUGUGGGUACACAGGGUCCAUUUACUCAGGAGGAGAGAUUGUACCAUCAACAAAAUUCUAGAAAGUGCAGCAAGAGAGAAGAAUAAGACAUGAAAGUUGGGUAGUUUGAUGCCAUAAGAUUACAAAAGCGUGCAGAACAGAAAGAUAGUAGAUAAGACAAGAGUAAGAUUGUAUUUCAUUGCUUUCAUGUAGUGUACAUGCACAGAUAUAUAGUACUCAGUCUCAACUGCAUCUUUUUUUUUU